UCCAAUCCACAACCUCCUACAAGCUAGCCCGCAUGGGGCCCGCCUACCGGAAGUGAAACUGGAGGAAACGCCACGUCGAACGCGUGGGUUGACGUAAGCGCGUCGACGUCACGCGUCGUUCUUCCGCCAGCGCCGAGUUGGGGGACCUGGCGCAGCGGCACCUGCUGCUGAGGGACCCCGCGGCCCGCCCAGGUGCUCAUGAUGGGGCUGAUCUUCGCUAAACUGUGGAGCCUCUUCUGUAACCAAGAACACAAAGUAAUUAUAGUGGGACUGGAUAAUGCGGGGAAAACCACCAUUCUUUAUCAAUUCUUAAUGAAUGAAGUGGUUCAUACUUCUCCAACUAUAGGAAGCAAUGUUGAAGAAAUAGUUGUAAAGAAUACUCAUUUUCUUAUGUGGGAUAUUGGUGGUCAAGAGUCACUGCGAUCAUCUUGGAACACAUAUUACUCAAACACAGAGUUCAUCAUUCUUGUUGUUGAUAGCAUUGACAGGGAACGACUAGCUAUUACAAAAGAAGAAUUAUACAGAAUGUUAGCUCAUGAGGAUUUAAGGAAGGCUGCAGUCCUUAUCUUUGCAAAUAAACAGGAUAUGAAAGGGUGUAUGACAGCGGCUGAAAUCUCUAAAUACCUCACCCUCAGUUCAAUUAAGGAUCAUCCAUGGCACAUUCAGUCCUGCUGUGCUUUAACAGGAGAAGGGUUAUGCCAAGGUCUAGAGUGGAUGACUUCCCGGAUUGGCGUGAGAUAACUUUUUAGCUUGAAAGAGACUGCUCUAUUUAUUCUAUGACAUGAACAUUUUUCCUAGUACCUUUGGCUGCUGAGGCAGCAGCAUGUUUAAUUUAUAACAACACAAACCUCUAUGAGCAACACUUGAAUCAAGUGCAGCUGAACUGGAACAUAAAAAAUUUUUUCUUAACUUUUUUUAAAUGCACUAAUCUUCAGUUGGAUGAACAUAAUGUAUAACUGUUUUCAGCAACAGAACUCUUCUGACUGCUUAUUCUAAUUAUUCAGUGACUGCCUUGUAAAAAUGUUUGUCAUAUGUUUAAUGUUUUCAGAUGUAUUGUUAUAACCUUUACGACCAAUUUCUUUCCAUUCAUGACAACCACUCCCUUCUCCCAGGUUUGACAGAGUUUUAGUGGAAAAUAUCAGGUACUACUUCCAAAUUUUUCCAACACUAAAUAUUUAUGCUCUCUAUAAAUCAUUUAUCUUUUUGACAGAAUUUAUUCUAAAGAAAUAAAUCUGCCUAGAAGAUACUUGUAAGAAAGAUUAAACAUCAUGAAUAUUUGCCUUUAAACUUCCCUCACAUAUUGCAUUUCAUGGAAUAAUUGUAAGUUGCUAUUAGCAUGGAAAUUAAUUAGACUGUUAAUUUAUGUAAAGGAAUUGAGUUCACUUUUCUGGAUACAACAUUUGGUAAAAACUAAUCCAGGUAAAAUAUUUAUUUGAAAGCGUGGCAUGGAUGGUAAAUACUAUUGGGUUAAUCUGGUGUUUUAGGAAUGUCACAUAAUUCACUGUAUAUAUAAUAAUCAGAAGUUAUUAAAGCAUUACCACCACUAAAAUUAAAAUAUGACAUCUGGAUCUAUUUUAGUAUAAAUUUUCAAUCAACUCUAUCAUCAACAAAAUUUCACCUAUUAAUUGAAGAGACAUCACAUCUGCUUUCAACAGUAGCUAAAGCAGAAGUAUGAACGGUCUUUUUUCUCUCUUGAAAUUUGAUAUAGUGUCUAUCAUAGCAUUUUGCCACCAGCAAAAUACUAAAAAACAAUGGGGCUUUCUUUAAAUAUUUUUGAGAAUGUUGUAGGGAGUAGCCUUAAAACAGUUGCCAUCUUUGAGUUAAAUAUACUUCAUGUCCUAAAAUCUUAUAGGAAGCUGCUAAACUUAAUCCUAGCUUUUAUAGUAUUACUGCAAUACCCAAAGUUAAUAUUCUCAACAACAUAUAAAUUCAAAUCAAAGUGAAGGAAAAGUCAUAAUCUAUCAUAAGUUUAUUUAUUGGAUCACAUUAAAAAGUUUUUGAGGCAGUUGUCUAAUACGUAAAUCUUAAGCAUUGCAUGUUUUAAAUUAAAAUGGAGGACAGGAAUUUUAAUUUCAAUUUUUUAAAAUUUCAAAUGUGUGAUUUUGCUCUAAAGAAAGGUAUAGAAUAUGUACUUAGAGAAUAAUAUUUCAUUCUUGCAGUAUUUUCUUUUGGAUCAAAAAUAAGAUUCAGUGUUCAUAAGAAUAUCAAUAUCUGUUCAAAAGUGGUAUUUUAAUUUUAAUAUUUUAUUUGUAAAUUUAAAUUUUGCUGUUUUCAGGUAUACUUAGUUUACUAUUUUAAGAUGUAUUAAUUUAGUUAAAUUUGGUAACACUUUUCUGAUUUGUUUAGUGGUAGCAUGACCUUUAAUAGAAAAAUGGCCAGGAGAAAGCUUUCUGGACUUUGAAAAAUAGUUAACUUUAUUUUGAACCUUUUAAUUAAUGAUUCUGUACCAAGUAGUGGUUUAGUUUAGUUUAGUUUAGUUAAUAUAACCCAUAAUCAAGAACAUGUACAAAAAGCAGGUAUAAAUCAAUACAGAUGCUUUGUGGUGUAUAUAUGUGUGUGUGAGAGAGAGAGAAGAUGAUGGAGGGAGAUGGUAAUUAAGAUAAUAUCAUUUACCUAAAGCACACUUUGCCUGAAUUUCUACUUGGUUUUAUUGUUUACCAUAAGUACUAAGGGUAAUUCUCAAGUCUAUCCUGAGAAAAAGUGUAUUUAGUACUACAGUAUUCUUCUUAUGAAAUAAGAAAUCUGCCUUCUUGUAUUCAAUAAGAUUGACUGGCUCAGUUUUAUUCUAUCAGAUUACAUGGUUAUUUUUUAUAUUACCACAUCAGCAUUAUAUUUAAAGUGUUUUUAAUAGUCGAUUGUAUUUUGUCAAACAACUAUACUAGUAGAGUCUCAGAUUUACUAUUUAAUUUUCUAAAUAAUUUUUAAAAACCAUUUUGUUAUUUUUUGAUUAGAAGUGAUUUAUGUUAGCUGUUUGUUGAAAAUGAAGUCAUCAUUCAAGUAGAUUUUGUGCCAAUGAUUGGGGAAAGUUCAAUUAGGAAGUUCAUACAAGACUUUUUAAAAGGUUUCACCAGAUCUUUCCUGUCAAAAUGGUAUGAAAACUGAUCAUCCUUUACUCCAAGAGAAUGUCUUAACCUAAGCAAGUAUCUAAUACUGAAGCAUUGAUUUUAUUCAUUGUAAAUCAGCCAACAGAUAUUAUUUGAAAAAUGUAAAUUUGUGAUUAGUGCCUUUCAUAUUUUGAGAUAAGUUCUUAAUUUUGUACUAUACCUGUUCUUUGGAAGUCUGAUUAGCAGCUAAUUAGUUCAACAAGGGAAUAAUCUGAGUUUUACCCUCUCUGUCAGAUCCACAUAUUGCCUAGCAAAGUUUCUAGUAUGUGGAAAGCAAGAAACCCAACUCACAUUACCUUCAGGAGAUUAUUCUGCAUUUUAUUUUUAAUUGGAGGAUAAAGAAUUUAAAGUUUUAUUUUGUUGUUGUUUUAGUUGUAGAUGGACCCAAUACCUUUAUUUUUUAUUUAUUUAUGUGGGGCUGAGGAUCAAACCCAGUGCCUCACACAUGUUAGACACACACUCUACCACUGAGCCCCAGCCCCAGCCCCAAAGAAUUUAAAUUUUAGGCAAAAUCUUUUUAUUAUGUUAAGAUUAAAAUGUACUUGCCUUUGCAAGUUCAAAUGUGGCAUAUUUUUAAUUCUGACAUUUUGUACUCUUUAUCUUUAAAUUCAUAAUGCUUAUUUGAGACUCAUUUGAGAACUCUUAGAAUUAACUGUCCUUAUAAGGGAAUAUACUGAAUGUUGUUAAUGUAAUUUAAUUUCUUAAAACCUGAAAUAUUAAUAUAUAUACAUAUAAAAUCUAUUGAAAACUGAAGAUUAAAUAUGUAAUUUUUGCUUUUAGAUAUUUGUGUUAGUAUGUUUAAAGGUAUAUUCUAUAUUCAUUAGAGGAAAGGUAAUACAAGGUUUUCAUUGCUGAAAAUUUUUAAAUGUCACUACCCCUAUAGCCACAAUCAUUUUGAUUAAGCAUAAUUUAACUUUCAGUAUCUAUAGAAUAAAGAGAUAAUAAUUAUUUUCCUAUGGAAGCUGUGAGAAAUAUAGGUAAUGCCAUUAACAAUAGCCUCUAAAGAGCCAUGGAAUGCUCAAAGCAAAGAAAAUUUUGAGGAAAACAAUGAAAGCUUUUUUGGUUUUUUAGAAGUUAGGAGAAAUUAUAGGUGAAAUUGUUUCUGAAUUGCACUCAUUUAAUUCAUUACUGUGUAAAACAUACUUUACGGAAAUGUACUGGUACUAUACCCAUAGAUGUGUAAAUUUUAUUGACAUUUCUCUUGGAAGAUCAACUUUUAUGAGUCUUAAUUUUUUAUCUAUGGCUUUGGAACCAAAAAACUUUGUAUCAAAUUUCAAUUCCAAAACAUUCUGUCAGGGUAAAGUCCCUUCAAGAUACAGCACGGUAUCCUGUAUCUAGUAGAACAUUGUACUGGCUAUCUAAAGUAGUAGAUCUGAAUCUAUUAUUUAUAUUUUUUAAAGCCUCAAAUAGGGAAGUCCAUGUAGUAUGAAAUUAUAGCCAUUCAUUAUUUGAUUACUACCCCCCCAUUGUCACUUCAUUUAUUAUAUAAAUACAAACAAGUAGGAAAAUAAAGUACCAAAUAAUAAGUACUAUUCAAACUUAAAUUGAAUUAAUGACUAAUGAUAAUGCAAAAGAGAAAACAAGCCAUAUCACAUAAAAAAUGGUAGUAUUCUGCUUAUAAAACAUCAGUGUAUGUUGGAAAUACCUUCUGGAAAAUUUAUCUUGCUCAUUUUCCUGGCUUUAAUUGGAUGGAAGUAGUUCAGUUUAUUGCCUAUAAAUGCCACCCCAAACUACAGUUCCAUUUGACUUUUUAGUUUUCAAAGUAUACCGUAGCCAGAUUGUCAUUAUUUUACAAGUGUCUGUAUAAAUUUGAAACUUAUAGUCAAGGUUAGGUUUUUUAGUAGAGUCUAAUCUUUACUCAUUGAAAAUGACUGUGAAGACUGAAACCCAAAAACCAGACUCCUCCUCAAAAAAUGUAUAUUUUAAGAAUUUUUCAUAACUAAAGCUCUUUUAGAGAAGGUCAAUGUGAAAAAUAUGUUCAACUACAUUUUAAAUUUAGGGGGAAAAAUGUGUUCAGGUGGUCUAAAGUCAGCUUUAAAUGUAUGUGCUUUGAAGAAUUGUUUGGGAAAUGUUAAUUUGAAUUCUUACAGUAUACUUUUGGAAACAAAUUCAGAAUGUUUGAAAUUAAAGGUAAAAUCUUCAAAGUGAUAUUAGAUAAGAAAAUGUAAAUAGAAGAAUGAAUUUCUCCCCCUCUUCCCAUUUAAGGCACUUACAAUUACUAGAAAGUAUAUUGUAUUUUACUAUAGAACUAGUUGACGUAUAUUUUUAAUGUCACCAGAAAAUUUUGAAGACUGAUUAGGUUUUCAGAUUUUGGAACUGUAGUCACAUAUAGGCAUCUUUUGCUCUCUCCUACCCAUCCCCCUUAAUCAGUAAUCUUAGUGUUCUCCUGAAAAUGCAGAAAUAAUAAAAUGUGCUGUGCAUAGCUUUUAGAAUAGAAAACAAAGUUCUAGCUGGGUUCAGUGGCACAUGCCUACAGUUGCAGCAGCUAGGGAAACUGAGGCAGGAGGUUCAUAAA